GCAAAGCGUUCGAUAAAAAGGUCUGUAAAGACCGAGGAGCAUAUUGCCCUAGCUACUACUAUUAACGAGCUAGGGUUCAAAGUGAUGCCUUGUUCUUUUUGUUUUUCUCGCGGCCUCUGUUGCCGUAUAAUAGAGAGUUCUUCUUGUUAUGGCGAAUAUGUUUAUCAUAGGAGGUUAUACGACGGUUCUAGGGUUCUAGUCUCGUCUUAUUAUAGACGAAUUAAAGCGCCUCGACCAAUUAGAACAAGAUGCUAAGGAGGCUCUUUAUACCGACCGCAAUUCGUUAGCAAAAGCGUAGCGUCGUCUAGAUAAGUCUCUAGCUCGUUUGGACCGUAUUUGUCGUCAAAAGCGAUCGUUGUUAUUUCGAGGGUCGGAGAUGGUUUGCUAGGGUCUUACGUCUUUGGAUAAAUUAGAAGAGGUGGAGCAGCAGGAAUUGGGGGCGGCUCUAGGUGUAUAGCUCAAUGGUAGCGUUAACGUUAUUAACUAGGGCGCUAUCUUCGAUUCUGUCCCGGUUUUGCCUUUAGUUAAUCUAGGUUCUGCCGGUAGAACUAUUCCAGUUUCUUAAGGCAAUUUAGGUUCUUGACAGGUUUCUAUAAGUUGUCUUCUAGUCUAAAAUCGAGCCACUUGACCAGGU